GACCGAGGGACGGACGGACGGCCUGCGGAGGCCCGAGCGACGGCCGGGGGGUCGCCGGCGUCAUUGCCGGCCGCAGCGCGUGCGGCACGGAGGAGAAGAGAAUUUCCUUGCAGCUGGUCAGCGCUGUAAGACCGCGGAAGAAGCCAGGGCAUGCCCUACGUGGCGGAUGGCCCGACCCCGCGGUCCGCGUUCACAGGAUGUGCCCGGCGGCGCUCGGCCUGACGCCAUGGCGGGGCUGUGAUGAGGCCCGGCAGACCGCGCGUAGAGCUCGAAAAUACGGGCCCCCGUCCUGUGCGAGGAAGGGGUCUUUCCGAAGCCCCCCUUGAUCGGCCUAGCUUCUUGCCAGGGCGGGAAUAAUGCUGCCAGCAUGUCCGCACACUCCAUGCUCUGCGAGCGAAUCGCCAUAGCCCAGGAGCUGAUCGCCAGGGCCGAGCUGCUGUCGCGGUCAAGGAAAGGCGGCAUAGAAGGUGGCGCGAAGCUGUGCAGCAAGCUGAAGGCAGAACUGAAGUUCUUGCAGAAGGUGGAAGCCGGGAAGGUGGCCAUUAAGGAGUCCCACUUGCAGAGCACCAAUCUGACGCACUUGAGAGCCAUCGUGGAGUCCGCGGAAAACCUGGAGGAAGUCGUCAGUGUUCUCCACGUUUUCGGUUACACAGACGCCGUGGGAGAAAAGCAGACCCUGGUGGUGGAUGUUGUGGCAAAUGGAGGCCACACGUGGGUGAAAGCCAUUGGCCGCAAGGCGGAAGCGCUGCAUAACAUCUGGCUGGGCAGGGGCCAGUAUGGUGACAAGAGCAUCAUCGAGCAGGCGGAAGACUUCCUCCAGGCCAGCCGCCAGCAGCCCGUGCAGUACAGCAACCCUCACAUCAUCUUUGCGUUUUACAACAGCGUCUCCAGCCCCAUGGCCGACAAGCUGAAAGAAAUGGGCAUAUCGGUGAGAGGAGACAUAGUAGCCGUCAACUCCCUGCUGGAGCACCCGGAAGAGCUGCAGCCGAGUGAGAGCGAGUCGGAUGACGAGGGCCCGGAGCUUCUGCAGGUGACCAGAGUGGACCGAGAGAAUAUCCUAGCGAGUGUUGCGUUUCCCACAGAGAUUAAGGUGGAUGUGUGUCGAAGGGUCAACCUGGACAUCACUACUUUGAUCACCUAUGUGUCUGCUCUCAGCUACGGAGGCUGCCGCUUUAUCUUUAAGGAAAAGGUGCUCACGGAGCAAGCAGAGCAAGAGAGGAGGGAGCAGGUUCUGCCCCAGCUGGAGGCGUUUAUGAAGGACAAGGAGCUGUUCGCUUGCGAAUCUGCGGUCAAGGAUUUUCAGUCGAUUCUCGAUACUUUAGGGGGACCUGGGGAGAGAGAGAGGGCCACUAUGCUAAUUAAGCGAAUCACUGUGGUACCAGACCAGCCUUCUGAUCGUGCCUUGAGACUAGUGGCCAGUUCAAAAAUUAAUAGUCGUUCCUUAACAAUUUUUGGGACAGGAGACACCUUGAAGGCCAUCACAAUGACUGCCAAUAGUGGUUUUGUCAGAGCUGCAAACAACCAGGGUGUUAAAUUUAGUGUGUUUAUCCAUCAGCCCAGAGCACUUACUGAGAGUAAAGAGGCUUUAGCUAUGCCCUUACCAAAAGACUUAAAUGAUAGUGGACGCUAAUAGCAUUCUUUACCUGUUGUCAUGGAAAUAAGUUAUUUAUACCAAAGGCUGGUCUUCCCAUCUAAAUUUGGGAGAAAAAAAUGUUUAUAGUAAAAAUAAUGCUUAGAACUCCUGAAGUAGAAAUUUUGCGUGUUUCAACUAUAUUUGAAGUUGUAAUAAUUGAGAAGCACAAGAGAAAUUUGUCAAACCACAGCAAUUAAGAAUAGAACAUCUGUGUAAGGCCUCCAGCUGUCUUGUAAUGCCUUUGUUUGGCUCAGUGGGGCUUCCACCCCACCCCCACCCAGGUAAUCACAUUUCAUGAAAUACAGCUUUGUGCUGCUUGCAUCCAUUAAAUGCCUGGUAGAAGUUCACAAUCUGGAUUUUCAUUGUAUUGCAUUAUCAGUUAGUGUAGGCUGAAAGUGGAAGGUAACAGUUCAGUUCAUUAUUGAUGUUAGAUCCUAAAGUUACUGUCUAUUAAUGAAAAACUUUCACACAGUCAGGCGGGUUUGUUUACAGAGUACACAAUGUGAAAAUCUGAGUGCUGCCUGUCUCUGGAUAAGCUUUGUAAACCGAGCCAACAGUCUCACCUAGAACACUGAAGGUACAGACCAACUUUGAGAAAUUUUUAAAAUAAGGUUUUAAGUCCAGACAGCCCCAAGUUGCAGGUGUUUGAAUGACUACUACCUUUCUUGUGCCAUUUGCAUAUGGCAAGCAGCGCUUGCGUUAUCUCACUUUAUGAAAUGAUAGGGGAGAAUACAUGCCAGUUGCAUGAUAUAGUUUGUAUGACUAUAUUGUACUCUGUGCUUUAUCAUUUCACAAUAAAAACAUAUAAAGUCA